CUCUAUAAAUGCCCUCUACCGGACCCCAAAUCCCCUCCACCAAGACCUUUUGAAAAUGGCUUCCCCCACCAUUCUCUCUACCAUAUGCUUAGUAGGGUUCCUCCUAGCUCCCAUCUCCAACGCCCAAAACUCCCCGGAAGACUUCGUCGACACCCACAACGACAUCCGAGCGGCAGUCGGGGUCGGACCGGUCUCUUGGGAUGAUAAUCUCGCCGCCUAUGCUCAGAAUUACGCCUAUAGUAAGAUCGAAACCUGCGAGAUGGAGCACUCUAAUGGACCUUAUGGGGAAAACCUUGCCGAGGGGUACGGCGAGAUGACCGCCGUGGAAGCAGUGAAGUUUUGGGCGACCGAGAAAAAGUUCUACAACCACCAUUUGAAUCGAUGCGUCGGGGACGAGUGCGGUCAUUAUACACAAAUAGUGUGGAGGAACACUAAGAAUAUCGGGUGUGCUAGAGUGAAAUGUGAGAACAAUUGGGUUUUUGUGAUCUGCAGCUAUUAUCCUCCUGGAAAUUAUGUAGGCCAAUAUCCUUACUGAACUUGGGGGAUCUAUUAAGAAAGAACUUUAUGAUGUUCUUAUUGAUAAU